AUGAAAGAAAACAGCUUCAAAAAUAAAAGGAUUGAUGCACCUGCUGUCACUGAAGAUGAUUCAGGAUCAGGAAACGAUGAUGGUUUGGGAAGUAGGGGAUCAGCUCCAACUCCAUUUCCAACUGGAGGUGACGCGGGCUCAGGUUGGGGUGGUGUGGCUCCUACGGGAGGAGCUACUCCAACAAUGUCAUCUAUUGGAGGCGGGGGCUCGGGAGGAGGUAGAGGUAAUACGGUGCUUGCUGCUGCUCAGACAAUCGCCGCAGGAGGAUCGUCUGAUGGCGGUGGAGCAACCUUCGAUCGUAGUGUCUCUUGCACAGGUCAAGUCGAGGGUGGUGGUGCAGACGCUAUCUUGGUCAUUGAAUCCGGCGGCGAAGAUGCCUUCACAAUCAAGAAGCAAGCCGCCGGAGAAACAACCACCAUCACAGGAGGAAGUUCUAAGGGUGCCGUUGACAAGGUCUUUCAGUUCAAUGGAGCCGGCACAUUGUCAAUCAGCGGCUUCACGGCUGAGAGUUUCGGAUCAUUUGUAAGGAAUUGUGGAAAUUGUAAGGAGAGUGCAGAGCGACACAUUAUCAUCGAUGGGUUUACAACUUCGAAUGGCAGGACUCUUUGCGGCAUUAACACCAAUUCCGGAGAUACGUGUAGAGUGACAAACACCAAGCUCGCUAGCGUGACGAAUGUCUGCAUGAAAUUUACCGGUGUCUCCUCUGGCAGCGAGCCGAAAGAGAUUGGUCCCGGUGCUGAUGGAUCGAGCUGUAUCUAUGGCUCUGAUGUUACUGGAGCUGGAUGA